AUGUCGCAACCCCGAGCGUCUGCAUUCGAAGACAGCAACAACAGAAAACCCCGAAGCCUGACCUCCUCGUCGGCGAGUCUGCAUUUGCGCCCCAAGUCGCACUCGUCCCCGUCGCCGCACAUCAGCGUAUCCACGAAACGUCCCAGCGGACACACUCACACGUCGUCCAAGUCGCUGAAUCCUUCGCCUCUCAAGAUGGUUACCUCCACAACGAACGCGCAUCAUCACAACGAUGCAUAUUACUACGCGCCUGCAGACACAGAGCUGCAAGGCUAUGGCUGGAUGGCCGCGACCGUGAUUGAGGAUGACGACCUCAUGUUCGGUGGCAAGAGCUUGAGUGCAUGGUAUGAGGAAGACCGGCAGAAGGUCAACAUGCCCGAUGAGGAGAGACGUGGCCGCCAACGGGUGCGGCAACAACAUCAUCACUCGUACUCGCACCACACCAAGUCCAAAACGUCGACGAGCAGCGGGGAGCAGAAGAAACACUAA